CCCUCAUCCUCCUCAAGAUUAUCGCUAUGGCCUCAAGACCCACUGUGAACGUCCGCUCGACCAGCGGAGAGGCCUCCAGCUCUCUCCCUCUUCCUUCCGUCCUGACUGCGCCAAUACGUCUGGACGUUGUUCAGCAAGUGCACAAGAGCAUUGCUAAGAACAAGCGCCAGGCCUAUGCCGUCAACGUGAAGGCUGGUCACCAGACUUCCGCGGAGUCUUGGGGUACCGGUCGUGCCGUUGCACGUAUCCCCCGUGUUGGUGGCGGAGGAACCCACCGCUCCGGCCAGGCCGCGUUUGGUAACAUGUGCCGUGGCGGUCGAAUGUUCGCGCCGACCAAGACCUGGCGCAAAUGGCACGUUAAGGUCAACCAGAACCAGCGUCGCUUCGCCGUCGUCUCUGCCCUGGCGGCUUCUGCUCUGCCUUCCCUCGUCCUCGCUCGCGGCCACCGCAUCGAGCAGAUCGAGGAGGUCCCCCUCGUCGUUGGCUCCGCCGUUGAGUCUUUCAAGAAGACCAAGGAGGCCGUCGCGCUCCUGAAGUCCCUUAACGCGUACGCCGAUGUUGUCAAGGUCUCCAGCUCCCGGAAGCUCCGUGCGGGUAAGGGAAAGAUGCGUGGUCGCCGCCACAGGCAGCGACGCGGUCCUCUCGUCGUCUACGACAAGGACGAGGGCAUCGUCAAGGCUUUCCGCAACCUUCCUGGUGUUGAGGUUGUCAAUGUCCGCCGCCUGAACCUCCUCCAGCUCGCACCGGGUGGUCAUCUUGGUCGUUUCGUCAUCUGGACCGAAGGCGCCUUCGGUCUCCUUGACGAGGUCUUCGGCACCUUCGACAAGGCAUCUGUCUACAAGAAGGACUACAUCCUCCCCACGUCGAAGGUCACCAACCCUGAUAUCACUGGCAUCAUCAACAGCACGGAGAUCCAAUCCAUCGUUCGCCCUGCUGGCCCAAAAAUUCAGAAACGCCCCUGGACCCAGCACAAGAACCCCCUCACCAACAAGGGUGUUCUCUUCCGCCUCAACCCCUACGCCAAGACCAUCCGCAGGCAGGAGCUUCUCAAGCAAGAGCGCAAGAAGGCCAAGGGCACAAAGAAGCCCAAGCAGCCCAAGGCUGCGGGCGAGGCCUUCCUCAACACCCUCUUCGCCCCUUAAACGCGCCACCGCCCUCUGUUCGCCUUUUCGUCCGAAAAUCUCGUGUGGAGUGGGAAGUUAAGGGGGGACCGUGUCUUACGCUAUUUGAUCACGGUUUCGACUAUGUCACUUGUACAAGCCCAUGUUCGCUUAGCAUGCCGAAUUGCACCGAUUAUGCC